AUGAAAUUCUCAAUCUCAGCACCGAAGCAGGUACAACCAAUCUUGAGCUUCAAAAACAAACCAUCCAUUGUCAACGUCAACUCUUUCCUCCAUCCUCACGAAAAAGUCGUCUUCGUAAUGGGAGCCACUGGAUCCGGCAAGUCUCGUCUCGCCAUCGACCUAGCAACACGGUUUCAAACAGAUAUCAUAAACUCCGACAAGAUCCAAGUUUACAAGGGCCUCGACGUCCUUACAAAUAAAGUGACACCUCAAGAAUGUCGAGGCGUGCCUCACCACUUGCUCGGGGUAUUUGACUCGGAAGAUGGAAACCUAACGGCCACCGACUUCGCUCUCCUUGCGUCACAAGAGAUCUCAACACUCUCAGCUAACAACAAGCUUCCUAUAGUAGCCGGUGGAUCAAACUCAUACAUCGAAGCACUUGCGAACCAUUCGUCUGGACCAUUGUUAAACAACUACGAAUGUUGUUUCAUUUGGGUCGACGUUUCCUUACCAGUUCUUAACUCUUUCGUCUCAAAACGUGUCGAUCGUAUGAUGGAAGCAGGAUUACUAGAUGAAGUAAGACAAGUAUAUGAUCCCAAAGCGGAUUAUUCUGUCGGGAUACGACGAGCUAUCGGAGUCCCCGAGCUCCACGAGUACUUACGGUACGAAUCUCUAGUGGACCGUGCCACACAAAGAAAGAUGCUUGACGUAGCGGUUAAAAAGAUCAAACAGAACACAGAGAUAUUAGCUUGUCGACAGUUACAAAAGAUUCAACGCCUGAGCAAGAAGUGGAAGUCGUGUAUGCACCAUGUGGACGCCACGGAAGUGUUCUUGAAACAUAAUGAAGAAGAAGCAGACGAGGCUUGGGAGAAUCUUGUAGCGAGACCAACAAAGAGAAUCGUCGACAAGUUUUCUAAUAGACAUGUGAUGAAAAAUGAUUCUGUUGAGCAUUGUUUGACCACCAUUGGAGCGGCGUCAUAGGACGGAGGAAGUGGAAGUAGGGCUCACAAUAUGAUAUGA